AUGUCGCCCUCUUCUGUUUUCCACAUCAAAGAACACAUACUCGACGCCUCGCACAUUCGCGAAUUCCCCCGCGCCCUCGCAAACUCUCAAGAUGAUGUCCUCAAAGUGGCUGUGAAGGAGUACAUCCCCAAGGAUAACCCGAACCCGCAGCCCGGAGAUGUGACUAUCAUCGGCGCGCACGCAAACGGCUUCCCCAAGGAACUCUACGAAGCCCUCUGGGAGGACCUCCACGCGGAGUCCAAAGUCCAGAACUUCCGCAUCCGCUCCAUCAUCAUCGCCGACGCCGCCUGGCAAGCUGCCUCUUCCAUCCUAAACGAGGGCAAACUCGGCAACGACCCCGGCUGGUUCGACUACCCGCGCGACAUAACCCACAUCAUCAACACCCUCCGCCCGCCGCGACCCAUCAUCGGCGUAGGCCACUCCUUCGGCGGCAACGCCAUCGUCAACGUAGGCCUCGUCAACCCGCGCCUCUUCUCCGCCGUCAUCCUCCUCGACCCCGUCAUCUCCAAGUGGUCGUCCAACGCAAAGGGCAGCAUCAGCCAGUCACCCGCGGCCGCGUCCGCUUCAAGACGAGACAUUUGGCCGUCUAGAGACGAAGCGAAAAAUGCCUUCCUCAAGAGCCCGUUCUACCGCGCCUGGGACCAGAGAGUCUUUGAAUCAUGGGUCAAGUACGGCUUGAGAGACGUGCCGACGCAGCUGUACCCUGAAGCCGGCAAGGGCGUCACGUUGACGACGACGAAGCACCAGGAAGUCUUCACCUUCUUCCGUCCCAGCUGGGACGCCUACGACGAGACGGGCCGCGAAGUCAUCCGCCCUGACCUCGUGCCCGAUCUCGACACCUCGCUGAACGAGAGGUACUACACAUACCCGCUGUACCGACCGGAGGGCGCCAGCACACUCGCGCGUCUGCCGAACCUGCGCCCUGGGGUGCUGUACGUCUUCGGCGGAACCAGUGACCUGUCCACCCCGGAACUGCGGGAAGAGAAGAUGCGGCUUACGGGGACGGGAGCAGGCGGUAGUGGCGGCGUGGCGAGAGGUCGCGUGAAGGAGAUUACGUUGCCGGAGGCGGGACACCUGUUCCCCAUGGAAAUCCCCGGUCUGAGCGCGCGGUUGACCGGGGAGUGGAUUGUCAAGGGGCUUGGGGAGUGGAGGCGGGAGCAGGAGGACUACGAGUCGUGGACACGGUUGAGCGCCAAGGAGAAGACGACGCUUUCGGAAGAGUGGAUGAAGAGAAUUGGACGGCCAGAGCGGCCACCCAAAGCCAAAAUGUGA